AAAUUAUUUUUCACAAUGACAAUAGACCACUUGUCUACAAAAACUGAUGGUAUGGUUUAUGAUUUUUUAGAAAACAAUGAAGCAGAAGAAAUUGAAGAAAAUGCAGCAGCUAAGAACAAUUCAACAGUUAAAAGAAAGAAAAAAGAGAUUAGUGUCGAGACAUUUCCCAGUAGGUUAGAGAAGCCCCAGGAAGACUGGGGUCUUUUGCCAGUCUAUUCCAGAGAAGCAACUCCACUACAAGAAAAGGAACAUACUCCAGAAGAUCCCAAUGAAAUUGGCUUUUUUAGUGGAAAUCCUUUUGUUGAAGUCACCAAAGGAAUUCUACACCUUUAUAAAGAAGAUGUUUUAAGUAGUUCUGAAGAAGCUUUAACGCUUUGUUUGUUGGGUGUUCCUACUUCAAUGACUUGCCAUGAUCUUUUGGCCUUCACUGCCCCCUGUCACGCAGAAAUCGCGCAUAUAAGAGUCCUCCGCGACUCCACACCAAAUCAGUACAUGGCAUUAUUAACUUUUCGUAAUCAUGAUGCAGCCAAUGAGUUCUACGAAACUUUUAAUGGCGCGCCGUUUAACAGCUUGGAACCGGAUAGUAUCUGUAGGGCUGUUUGGGUGUCAAGGGUGGAAUGGGCUCACGACGACCUGCCUCCUCCUGGGCACACUGAGUUACCCACUUGUCCUGUUUGUUUAG